UGGGGAGGAGGGUCUUGACUUUUUUUUUCUUUUUUGCGGAGCUGGGGCGCCCUCCGGAAGCAUUUUCAACUUUCCAGAAGUUUCUCGGGACGGGCAGGAGUGGGUGGGGAGAUCCAUAUAUAGAACCCGAGCGGAGGAAGCGGACCGAGAGUAGAAUCCGUCCGCAGCUCCGGAGAGUGACUCGCCUCCGGGUCCAGGUCCCUUGUGGUGCACACAGUCCACCUCCCAGCCAUGCGCUGCCUCCUGCUAUUUGGUGCCUUCAGCCUCCUGGCAGUGGCCCUGGCAGCCGAGGUGAAGAAACCUACAGCAGCGGCAGCUCCCGGCACUGCAGAGAAGCUGAGCCCCAAGGCAGCCUCAUUGGCCGAGCGCAGUGCCGGCUUGGCCUUCAGCUUGUACCAGGCCAUGGCCAAGGACCAGGCAGUAGAAAACAUCUUGCUGUCACCUGUGGUAGUGGCCUCCUCCCUGGGGCUGGUAUCUCUGGGCGGCAAGGCAGCCACCGCAUCACAGGCCAAGGCAGUGCUGAGUGCAGAGCAGCUGCGUGACGAGGAGGUGCAUGCAGGCCUGGGCGAGCUGCUGCGAUCACUUAGCAACUCCACUGCACGCAAUGUGACCUGGAAACUGGGCAGCCGCCUGUAUGGCCCGAGCUCAGUGAGCUUCGCUGAGGACUUUGUGCGAAGCAGCAAGCAGCACUACAACUGUGAGCACUCCAAGAUCAACUUCCGGGACAAGCGCAGUGCCCUGCAGUCCAUCAAUGAGUGGGCUGCACAGACCACUGACGGCAAGCUGCCUGAGGUCACCAAAGACGUGGAGCGCACCGAUGGCGCCCUGCUUGUCAACGCCAUGUUCUUCAAGCCACACUGGGAUGAGAAGUUCCACCACAAGAUGGUGGACAACCGUGGCUUCAUGGUGACUCGUUCUUAUACCGUGGGAGUUACGAUGAUGCAUCGGACAGGCCUCUACAACUACUAUGAUGACGAGAAGGAGAAGGUUCAAAUCCUGGAGAUGCCCCUGGCACACAAGCUCUCCAGUCUCAUCAUCCUCAUGCCCCACCACGUGGAGCCACUCGAGCGUCUUGAGAAGCUGCUGACAAAGGAGCAGCUGAAGGUCUGGAUGGGGAAGAUGCAGAAGAAGGCUGUUGCCAUCUCCCUGCCCAAGGGAGUGGUGGAGGUGACCCAUGACCUGCAGAAACACCUGGCUGGGCUGGGGCUGACUGAGGCCAUCGACAAGAAGAAGGCAGACUUGUCGCGCAUGUCAGGCAAGAAGGAUCUGUACCUGGCCAGUGUGUUCCAUGCCACUGCCUUCGAGUGGGACACAGAGGGCAACCCCUUUGACCAAGACAUCUAUGGGCGGGAGGAGCUGCGCAGCCCCAAGCUGUUCUAUGCUGACCACCCCUUCAUCUUCCUGGUUCGAGACACCCAGAGCGGCUCCCUGCUGUUCAUUGGGCGCCUGGUGAGGCCCAAGGGUGACAAGAUGCGAGACGAAUUGUAGGGCUUUACGAUGUGCAGGGAUGGCAGGAGGCAGCCUGAAGUCUCCUGAGACACAUGGGUGCUACUGGGGAAGGGUACCAGCCUUGGAUAUUCUACGGGGUGGGGGUGGAAAAAGGACCAGGUUCCCAUGUGUCCCAGUGGACUUGCCCAGCUAGGAUCCACAUGGACACAGGCCCCCAGAAACCAUGAUGCUGAGCCCAGAGAUACCAAAGUCCUAGGUCCAGUCUUCCUCACCCAGCCAAUCAGUGUUCCUAUUUAUAGCCAAGUGCUGUCAAAUCUGUGAGACAAUUGAACUCGGGGUUCAGCGCAGCCACCUUCUCCUGACACCACCACCAACUCCUCAACCCCUUCCAGGCUCCCCAGACCUCUCCCAACUUCCUUCAACUACAAAACUAGGUGCUGUAGCCCCCUGGGACCAAGCACUCCCAGGAUGGCCUUAGUCCCAGGGACAGGGAUGGGAAAACAGCUCAAAGGAGGGGCUCCUGGCAGAUCCUGGUUAAGAAUUGUUACAUGGGGCAUCAUGGGGAUGAAUGUUUUGUUUUCCCUUUUUUUUUUUUUUUUUAAUUUUGCAAAGAUAGGAAGGGAAGGGGGAACAUGAGCCUUUGUUGCUGUCAAAAUGAGAAUUUAUUUGUACAAUUGUUUUUUCAAUAAAACUUUUCCAAUGAAA